GCUAAGAAUUGAAGAGGCAAUAUAUAUAUAUAUAUAUAUAUAUAUAUAUAGUUACUUACUGCUGUCCGAUCUCUAGCUUCGAGUAACAAUUAAGCAAGGCCUAUGGCUACUGCUUCAUCUUCUUUUUCACUUUCUCAAUCCGAAUAUGAAGUGUUCUUGAGUUUUCGAGGUGAAGACACUCGCAAAAGUUUUGUGGGGCAUCUCUACACUGCUCUGGAUCAGAGAGGAAUCAGGACCUUCAAAGAUGAUGAAAGGCUUGAGCAAGGAAAAUCCAUUUCUUUUGAUCUCUGGAAAAGUAUCAAUGAAUCAAGCAUUGCUGUGAUCGUUUUCUCGGAGAAGUAUGCUAAUUCGUCAUGGUGCCUGGAUGAAUUGGUGGAGAUCCUUGAUUGCAGUAAGACCAAGGGACUAAUAGUUUUGCCCAUCUUCUACCAUGUCAAACCAUCUGAAGUUCGAUACCAGAAGAGGAGUUACGCCGAAGCAUUUAGACAGCAUGAAGAAAUUUAUAAGGUGGAGAUGGAAAGGAUGCAAAAAUGGAGGUCUGCUUUGAAGGAAGUUGCAAAUUUAAGUGGAUUCGAUUUAGAAGAUGAAGCAAAUGGGUACGUACAUAUAUAUAUAUAUACUCGGUGUAUAUGUUCUGCUUCUAUCAGUCACUUACUUACUACGUACUAUCAAAUGGAUAUGAGCAUUUUUAACUGUCGCAAACCGGUUGUUAGAAGUGUUAUAUCAGCUCUAAUUAUUAUUAUUAGAAUUAAGGACAAAAAAUACCCCUUCAUAAUAUACAAAAUAUACGAGGAUAAGUUUAUCAAAAGCAUUGUUCAAGUGAUUUUAGAAAAACUACAGCCUAAACCAUUCAGAGUUACUGAUUACGAAGUGGGUAUCAAUGCGCGUGUGGACAAAGUAAUCUCUUUGCUUGAGGAGGACAAACUCUUUGUUGGGAUUUGUGGAAUUGGAGGAGCAGGUAAGACAACGGUAGCCAAAGCAAUUUUCAAUAGAAUAUCAAAAAUUUUUGGAAGAAGUUGUUUUCUUGAAAACGUGAGAGAAGAGUCAACAAAUCAUAGUGGUUUAGCUAAACUACAAUGCAAUUUUCUCAGAGAGAUCUUAAUGGAUAAAAAUAUAACCAUAUCAUAUCCUGAUAGGGGUAUCAAUGAGAUAAAGGAGAGACUUCGUAAUAAAAGGCUUCUUCUAGUGCUCGAUGAUGUAGAGAAAGAAAAUACAUUGAAGUACUUAGUUGGAGAUGUCGGAGAGGAAUGGUUUGGAAAUGGAAGUAGGAUCAUCAUAACAACUAGAGACAAACGUUUGUUGGAAAAAUACAAUGUUGGAAUAUAUGAUAUUGAGGUACUAAAUGACAUUGAAGCACUAGAACUUUUUAGUUGGCAUGCUUUCAAGCAAAAUAAGCCCAAAGAAGAAUAUGAGAAACUUUCACACCAUGCAAAAAAUUAUGCCAAAGGCCUUCCACUUGCUCUUCAAGUUUUGGGUUCCUAUUUAAGUAAUAGAAGCAAGCAAGAUUGUUUAACUAUAUUGAAUAGGUUGCAGACCAAGCCUCCCAAAGAAAUUCAUGAAGUUUUAAGAAUUAGUUAUGAAGGCCUUGAUAAGGAAGAAAAGGAUAUUUUUCUUGAUAUAGCAUGUUUCUUCAAAGGAUACAAUAAGAAAUAUGUCCUAGACUUUUCAAAAAGGCCUGAAUUUGACACGGCUUUUGGAAUACAAAUUCUUAGAGAACGGUGCCUCAUUAAUAUAUCAAAAGACAACAAGUUGUCAAUGCAUGAUUUGAUACAAGAAAUGGGUAGAGAAAUUGUUCGUCAAGAAUCUGAUGAUCCUGGGAGGCGUAGCAGGCUAUGGUCUUAUGCGGACAUAUCAGAAGUAUUUACUGAAAAUACGGUACAUGUUAAAGGCAUAUAUGUUAGUUUCUUAAUUUCCAUGUGCAAGAUGUUUCCAUUUCUGGAGAAAUUGUGUCUUAAAGGUUGUGAAAGCUUGGUUGAGGUUGGAUUCGACGACAAGAAGUUUCAAGAUAAGUUAAAAUUGGUCGAUCUCAGCUAUUGCACAAAUUUGAAGAAAACUCCUAAUUUGUCAGGGUUGCCAUUUUCAAAAAAAUGUGAAAAUCUGAAGAUUCUCGCAACAAGAAUUAAUUUAAAAUCUCUUGAAGUGCUUUCUCUAGCUGGGUGCUCAAAAUUUGAGAAGUGUCCAGAGAUCCACAGAGAUAUGAAGAGUUUGAAGGAACUAUACUUGUAUGAAAGUCCUAUAAAAGAUUUAUCUCCAUCUAUCGUACAACUCGAAGGCCUAAUCGAGUUACGUCUGUGUCAUUGCAAAAUGCUUGGCAGUUUGUCGGACAAUAUUGGUGAAAUGAAGAGUUUAAGGAAACUUUGGUUGAGUGGUAGUGGUGUAAAAAAGUUACCAUCAUCCUUUGCACAGUUGAGUAUUCUAGAAUUAUAUUGGCGUUACAGCAAUUUAGAUGAAGAAUCUAUUCUCAAUCUUCCUCACUCGUUGUGGAAAUUAGAUCUAAGCAGGAAUGACUUUGUUAGCUUACGGUCAAGCUUCUCUCAACUUACAGACCUUUAUGAACUUGUUUUGGACGAUUGUGUAAGGCUCCAGACAUUGGAGUCACUUCCAUCAUCCAUACGAUGUCUUUCUUUGUGUGGUUGCUCAAGCCUCCAAACAUUGUCACUUCCAGAAUUUACAACAGAAGUUUUGGCACAAGGUUGCGUAUCACUAGAAGGGUAUUCCAUUCGAACAAGUGAUGGAUGCAAUUUCAACUUCAAUUUGACAGAGAAUCAUGGGAAUGGGAACGGGAACAAGAAGCCAAAUAUAUACUAUUCAAAAAGUGAAGAUUUACCGGCAGGCGGAUCAAACGGUGAGGUCUUUUUUCCAGGAAGUGAGAUUCCAAGUUGGUUCAGCCAUAUAAAAUAUGAGAGUGAUGGUGUGGACAUGACUUGGGUGUGUUUGAGGAUCUAUUCAAAUUCUUUACGUUACCUCAAAGGAGUUUCUGUUUGUGCUGUUAUCGGUAAUGAGAAACCAUUCGAUGACGAGGACGAUAACAAUGACAAGUAUAAGAAUUCACUUUGUAUCCACAUCAACGGUAAAUAUGAGGAGGGAGGUCGUCCUGGUUAUCUUAUAGGUGAUUGGAUCAACAGAACUACGUCAGAUUUCAUCAUGCUUCUUCAUACACCCAACACAGGAUGGAUGUGCGAUUCUGAUGGGUGGUGUUACAUUAAGGCUUCAAUUGAUGGAUCCUAUCCUGAUGGACGGCUAUUGAAGGUGAAAAAGUGGGGUAUUCAUCCAGUCAUGAACCCGCAAUAUUACUUGGAACACAUCAAUGGGCCAACUAUAGAAUUUGUUCAAAGCCAGUAAAGGUGGAUCAAAUGGAACUUCACCAUGUUUCUAGUGGAUCAGGAAAGAACUUCAUUGGCUCAACAAGAAGAUAAGAAAAAUGUAUAUAUAUCAUGUCUCAGUGUUUGUGUGCAUCACCCAAAUCCUUGUAAUAUUGAAGAAUGUUAUUUUUCUUUCUUGUUUUGGUUUUUUCUAUUGCCGACAGACAUCCAUAGAAGUAUUGUGAAAAGUAGGUAAGUGCGAAGGCUUAUUUAGCUUGGUAUAAGAUAAGUUGAUUCACACAAGAAGAAAAGGAAGGAUGCUGGCUUUUUAUUUGGUUAA